UGGAGCAGAGAAAGCAAAAAAAAGGAAGAAACAAAACUCUCUCUUGUUUCAUUACCAAUGACUCGAGGGUUGCUUCCAGGAAUCAUCUUAGUGCUAUACUGUGUUUGCCCAUCAUUCCAACAAGACACAACAACGUUUGUCUACAACGGCUUUGACCAAGGAGGUCAUCGUCGUCUUCAUCUUGACGGCAGUGCAAUAAUCCUCCCAAAAAAACAUGUCCUGCAACUAACAAAUGCAACAGCAACGCAAAUAGGCCAUGCUUUCCUUCAGGAGCCCAUCGACUUCAACUCAUCCGAGCCAGUCUCUUUCUCCACACAUUUCGUGUGUGCGCUGCUCCCUGUAGGUGAUACCAGUGGCCACGGCAUAGCCUUCUUUGUCUCUCACUCCACCGAUUUCACAGGCGCGGAACCUAGUAGAUUCUUCGGUCUUUUCAACGCAAACGGUUCUGCUUCCACGCGUGUGCUGGCUGUUGAGCUUGAUAUAGCUUUAGCACCGGAUGUGCUUGACAUCAGUGACAAUCACGUUGGGAUUGAUGUGAACAGUGCAAAGUCUGUGGUCUCUGCCAACGCAUCUUAUUUUUCAGACAAGGAAGGUAGAAACAUAGACAUCAAACUAUUAAGUGUACAUCCUCUUCAGGUUUGGGUGGAUUACGAAGGAACCACACUCAACGUCUCAUUGGCUCCUCUUGGGAACCAGAAACCAAGCCGACCUCUUCUGUCAUCAACGUCAGUCAAUCUUACCGAGAUUGUGCAAGGUAGAAGAAUGUUUGUUGGGUUUUCCGGUGCAACCGGGUCGACCAUGGCCUACCAGUACGUACUCGGGUGGAGUUUCAGCAAAAGCAUGGCGUCUCUUCAGAAGAUUGACGUCUCAAAGCUCCCCAGAGUUCCCCACACUCACACUAAAAUCAAGUCUACAACUCUGGUGCUUGAUGCUCUGCUUGGUUUAAUAGCUUUCUUAGUUUUGGGUCUUCUCACUGGAGCAGCUUACAUGUAUAGGAAGAACUUGUACGCCGAAGUAAGAGAGGAAUGGGAGAAGGAAUAUGGUCCAUUCAGGUAUUCAUAUAAGUCUCUGUACAAAGCAACUAAAGGGUUCAGUAGAAACGAGUUUCUUGGGAGAGGAGGUUUUGGUGAAGUCUACAAAGGAACACUAGAGCUGAGAGAAGUGGCUGUGAAAAGAGUGUCACAUGACGGUGAGGAAGGUAUGAAGCAGUUUGUCGCUGAGAUCGUUUGCAUGAGGAGGCUAAAACACAGGAGCUUGGUGCCACUUCUUGGGUAUUGCAGGAGGAAACAUGAGUUGUUAUUGGUCUCUGAGUACAUGCCUAACGGUAGUCUUGACCAUUACUUGUUUAAUAGUCCUGAUAGAUCGACUCUCCCCUGGUGGAGAAGAUUUGCCAUUCUCAAUGACAUUGCGUUAGCUCUUAGCUACUUACACACAGAAGCUGACCAAGUUGUUAUACACAGAGAUAUCAAAGCUUCUAACGUUAUGUUGGACGCAGAGUUUAAUGGAAGGUUGGGAGAUUUUGGUAUGUCUAGGUUAUAUGAAAGAGGGACUGAUCCAACCACCACAACAGCUGCAGUUGGAACUGUUGGUUACAUGGCACCUGAGCUUACGUCAAUGGGACCUUCCACUGGAACUGACGUAUAUGCCUUUGGUGUUUUCUUGCUUGAAGUAAGCUGUGGGAGGAGACCUGUGGAACCUGGCUUGUCGGCUGCAAAGCGGUUUCUGAUCAAAUGGGUUUGUGACUGCUGGAAAAUAUCUUCUUUGACUGAUGCUGUUGAUCCGAGGUUGGCAGAAUUCUCAUCAAAGGAAGUUGAGAGAGUUCUGAAAGUCGGUUUGCUUUGUGCAAACCUUGCUCCAAAUGCAAGACCGACCAUGGAACAAGUGGUGCAAUACUUAAAUGGCAACCUUGCUUUGCCAGAGUUUUGGCCAUAUUCUCCCGGAAUUGGAGUUAUCACCCCACCAGCACAGCUCAUGCUCCCUCCUUCACUAACACUUUCUUCUUCCUCAUCCAACAACUCUUUCGUCUACGGGAGUGGACGAUGA